CCGCAUCCUCGCCGAGUCCAAAGCCAAGCUGUUGCAACCCAUCCAUCCUCCCCCGGCCUCCCGGACAGGCCUGCUCCCGGACUCUCCCUCUAAUCUCCUCCUCCCAUGGAGCGGCUCAUCUCCACGCCCGCCGCCUCCCCCUCCGCCUCCCCCUCGCAGACCCGGAUCCGCCUGCCCGGCGGGUCCCCUCUCCUCCCCUCCCGGCGCCUCCCCGCCGUGGCAUGGCCCCGGCUGCGGCUACGGCCGGCGCGGCCCGGCGCGGCGAUCGCGCUGGCGUCGCCGCUGCGCCACGAGGGCCUCUCGGCGGCAGCGCCGGAGGAGGCGCGGGGCGACGAGCCGGCGGCGGCCUUUGGGCCCCUGUGGAAGCUGCUUGGGAGUCUGCUCCCGAAGGCGUCCACUGCUGCCCUUUUCCUAUUGAUAACACUUAUUACUGGCACCCUGCACUCAAGCAUCCCUCAUCCAGCCUAUGCAUCGAUGCAACCAGUAGCCAAUACUGGUGGAAGACUCUUCACGACAGAGAUACUAAGCAGUGGUUGGGCUGGUUUUUUAGCUGGGUGCUUGCAUACCUUGUCUGGACCUGACCAUCUAGUUGCCUUGGCACCACUUUCUAUUGGGAGAUCAAGGCUUGAAAGUGGUCUGGUCGGGGCCCUUUGGGGCUGCGGUCAUGACGCAGGACAAGUUAUUUUUGGCCUGCUCUUCUUGUUACUCAAGGAUCGAUUGCACAUUGAAGUUUUCCGUGCAUGGGGAACACGAGUUGUAGGCCUGACCCUUCUGAUCAUAGGAGCCAUGGGUGUCCGGGAAGCCUCAGAGGUUCAAGAGUCUACACAGCUAGUUUUGGAGGGUGUCGACGCCAGCAUGAGCAGCAGUGAACCUUUGCAGGUCCCAUCAGCUCCCAGAAAGAAGAAAGUCGGUUUUGCAACGUUCGCCACUGGAGUUGUCCAUGGUCUCCAACCGGAUGCUCUGCUGAUGGUCUUGCCUGCGUUGGCUCUCCCAUCACGCUUUGCUGGCGCGGCAUUCCUCGGCAUGUUUUUGGUUGGCACUGUGUUUUCGAUGGGUAGUUACACAGCUUUUGUAGGUUCUUGUAGCGAGGCCCUGAAAGAGAAGGUUCCUAGGAUAACAGAGAAACUGACCUGGGCUGCUUCACUUGUGGCUAUAGGCAUGGGAUUAGCUCUUCUGGUGGGACAGUUCUUUGGGUUCAGCCUGUACUGAUGUUUGCUAAAUUGCUACGUGUGUGUACUCGGCGAGAUAUUGUUUUAUGUAUGAGCAUUGUUGGCAAUUAGUCUGACAAUAGAUGGUUAUUGUUUGUGAGACCACUACAUGUAUACUGCUGCAGAUUUGACCUGGCUCUUGCUCACUUUACACUGAUUUCCUGCUCUGUAUCA